UCUCAUGUGGGGCAGGUUGCACAUGUCUUACCUCGCCCAGCCAAUUACGGGUGCGACGGGGGAAGUCGGUGUCGAACUUCCCCACCGCACUCCGCGCUCCGCCAAUCCUUCCGCCUCCGCCGAGCCCCGCGAGCCCUCAGGAACCGUCUCUGACUAUUUCCCCUCUCCCCGCGACCACUCGUCUCCCGCGGACGUUGUUCCGCCGCUGCCUGGUCAGCUCCACCGCCACGAGUCCGCGCCGUCCGCGCUUUUCGCCUUCCCCUGGUCUGGCCCGCGCGGGUACCUCCGCCGCGACCGCGCGGACUUGCGCUGGCAGAAUCCCAGCUGGUGGGGCGCGCUGACCGCGCGCAUCCGCGGAACCGCAUUCGCGCGGGAUCUGGCGGAAAGGGAAGGGGUGGAAUUCGAGCAGGAGUUGGGAGCGGUGAAGAUGGGUGAGCCGUGGGACUGGCGGAAGGAAUUCGAGGAGGAAGAGAUUGCGUCGCAGCAAGUCGCGGGGGGAUCCGCGCUCCUGAAUCUCGGAUUAGGUGGACUCACUGGCGCAACCGGCGGCGGCGGAACCGGCGGGGCUAGCGGUCCCCCUGGGCCUCGGAAGACGUCGUGGAGGGAUUUGGCGGAAGCCUUGGCGGAAGCGUCGCGGAAUGUGCAGGAGGAGGUGCGCGAGUUCCGCAGCAGGGGGGGGGCGGCGGGGGACUUCUUCCGCGUGGGCAGCUGGCUUGCGCUCGCGGGGGCGGGCGGAGGAGAGGCGGACGAAUGGGUUAAGCGCGUUGGAUGCCAGGCCGCAGUGGUUGCAGUGCUGAAAGCGGCCAUGGAGCUCGUCACGCGCUCCGCCACCACCACAGCUCCCGCUUACUCCUCUGCUACAGCCGCUGCUACCUCUUCUGCUACAGCCGCUGCUACAGCCGCUGCUGCUGCUGCUACAGGCCCUCCCCCCCCUAGUAGGAGCAGCAGCUGCUGCAGCAGCAGCAGCUACAGCAGCAGCGGCGGCUGUAGCGAGGGGGACGAGGAGGAUGAGGGGGAGGAGGGGGCAGGGAGGGCAGGGAGGAUGCGCGGGGAAGGGGGGGAGGGCGGGGAGUGGGGGGGGUUUCGGGAGGGGGGGAGUGACGCGUCGACGUGGGUGCUGUUCAGCCUGGCGCGGCUGUGCGAGCCCCUGGAGAGCUUCCUGCGCUAUGAGCUGGCGCAGUAUAAGGCACAGCGCGACAGGGGGCAGAUGGGGGCUCAGACAGGGGGGCCGGUGGGGGGGGAGGCGGAUGGGGGCAUGGACGGGUGGUUCUGGGGGAGGGCGUACCCGGGGGCGUUUGAGGCGCUGCUGACCAUGCUGACUUUGCUGCACCGAUACGCCAUCACUGCCGCCAUCCAAGACGUGCAGCUCUCAGCCAAGGCCUCUGGGCUGGACGACGGGCUACCGCACCCCACCCAUGCCAGCACCGCUCUGCACUGCACUGCUGCUGCAAGCCUGGCAGCCCCCCGGUUGGCAGACUCUGACAUGGCACUGUUCCUGCUGCUGUUCCAGAUCGUUGGAGCAGUCAGAUCCUUUGCCCCUCCAGAGACUGUUGGCUGUGCUGCAUUCUCCGUGCUUUUAGAGGACCAGCUGCGCCAUCUCUUCGACCAUCUCUUAAGAGCAGCAGACAUCGAUGACGUGUACCGCCACGCCGUGCGGGCUGGGCUGCGCGCCGAGUUCCUCUCGCACUUCGGGCAGCGCGCUGGCGGGCACCUGAACGUUCGCGUGCUGCCCGGCGAGCGCCGGUUCUGGGUGCAACUGGUGGAGCGGCAGCUCCGGGCAGCUUUGGUGCGGGAGAAAGUUUUCAAGGACUGGGGGGGGAUGGAGGGGGAGGGGGAGGGGGGAGGAGAGGGGGAGAGGGUGAAGGCUGAGCUGGCAGUGUUUGGAUUCUUUGUGGCUCUUGGGCGGGCGACAAGGCAUUUCCUCCAAUCAGAAGGUGCCAGCGAGGCGGAUGAGGGGCUGGCGACUCUGCUGACUCAUUUCGAGGGCGCUAUCAUCUUCACCUUCCCCCAGCUCGACAACAUUUCCAAGUACCAAGGCCUGGUGGAGGUAUUAAGGGAGGAGCUCGCCUGGCUGCCUCUGCUCCCCCCGCUCUCCACCAAACGCCACGCCGACCUCGACCCCUCCUCCCUCUCCCCGCGCUCAGCGCAGCGGCAGCGGCACAGGCAGAGGCGGAGGAGGAGGCGGGCGGUGCUGGUGGGGAAGGAGGUGUGUGGGAUGUGGGCAAGGGAGUGGGAGAGACACUCGUGCUGGCUGCUGCAGCAGCCUGACUCGAGGGCUGCUGCUUUCAUGGCGCAGGGCAUGGUGCUGCUGGCGCGGUGCCUGGAGCCUUCAACGAAGCACCACAUAGAUGCAGAGGUGCCAGGCGUGCUGGUCUCCUCUUCCGACUCCGACUCUUCCAACGAGGGCGGAAGGCGUUUGGAAGGGUCGAGAGCGGUGGAGAUGGGCGAGAUGGAGGAGGUGGAGAGGGAGGCGAGGGAGAGGGAGGAGUCGAGGAGGCGGCUGCAGAAGGAGCUGAGGGGACUUAAAGCCAUGGAGAGAGAAGUGAAGGCGCUGGACCAGGAUCUCUUAUCUGUGGAUGAGAUCGUGGAAAGACUGAUGCGAGUGGUAGAGGCAGAGAGUGCAGGGCUUAGGGGGGAGGCUCACACUCACUCCCUUGCUCACUCACACUCACACACUCGUGCGCACUCACACUCGGCUGCUGGGAAGGCAGCCACGCUUACGGCAGGUGCAGAGAACACAGCAACAGCAAGGGAAGGGACAGGGGAAGGAGGAGCGGAGGGGGGUCAGGGAGAGAGUGCAGAGGGCGAGAGCGAAGGCGGAACGGGAGGGGGAGGAGGUGAAAGGGAAGGGGGUGGGACCAAGGGGGAAGGAGAGAGGAGGAUAGGGGGAAAGGGAGAGGAGGACAGGGGGAAAGGGAGAGGAGGACAGGGGAGAAGGCAUGUGUCACAUGCAGCAGCGGGAGGGGCUGCUAGUGAGCAGAGAGCAGCAGGGGGGGCGGGGGGCAGUGAGCGGCUGGCGUUGGUGCGGCUGGAGUGGGAGCGGCUGGUGCGACUCAGGGAGGAGAUCCGGGCGCUGGAGCGACGGCUGAAGAUGAAAGCAGCUGUUCAGGAGGAGAGGGUGCGAAAACAGCAGGAGGAGGUGGGCGAGAAGGUGAGCCGGCAGAGGAGGCAGGAAGCAGCAAGGGAGAUGGAGGAGAGGAUGCUGCAGCAGCAGCUCAGGCACCCGAGGAGCCACAGCAUGAGCUUCCUCGGAACCCUUCAAGACAUCUUCACCUUCUCCUCUCCGUCCUCCAACGCUCCCGACUCCACCACCAAUGCCACCGACGCCAACAACAGCACCACCGAUACUUCUGCUGCUAGUGCUUAUAACGAGCCUCCCUCUCCCCGCUACUCCUCCCUCCACAAGAGCCAAUCGUCUCACGACACGUCAGCACUCGCUGACUCUCCCUUCCCCUCAUACCUCACCUCGGCUUUCCUCUCUACAAACUCUCCCGCUCCUGUCGCCGCUGCUGCCCCUGUAGCCGCCCCUGCUGCCCGCUCCGGCCGCAGUUUUUUCUUCCAGCUGCCCGGGCGGGCUGCCCGAGAAGACUCGUCUCUUCUCUCUGGGACCGAGGGGGAGGAGGCGGAUGGGGAAGAGGAGAGGGAGGGUGAGAGAUCUGGAAAUGUGCUUAAAGCGAGGGUAGGCUUUGACACUAGCACAAGCAGGGGAGGGAACACAGGGGUAAGUAGUGUUGGGAGGGUAAGGGGAAGGGUGGAGCAGAUGCAGAGAGAUGUGAGUGCUACAGGAGAAGAGGGUAGUGCCAAUGGGUUGGGAAGGGGAAAGGAAGCAAGGCGAGCAGGAGGAGGCGUGCAGGCAAGGGGGGUGGAAUAUAGCGAUGAUGACUUCUCUCCCUUCCAAUCAUGCACGCCCACGUCAGCACAAGCAGCGGCUCCCACUGCUGCUGGUAGUAGCACCAGGGUUGGGGACGGGGCUGCUGAAAGGGCUGCAGAGGCACAGGCCCAAGGGCAGGCACAGGGGAAGGCGCAGGAGCAGAGGGUAGGGGGGCAGGGCAGCCAGCCAGAUGGCAACAGCUCGUGGGCGUUCAGGGAGGAAUUCUUCGACCGGCAGGGAUUGCCGGACCUAGCAGAGGCAGAGGCAGGGGAUGGGAGGUUCGGGCCGGCGCGCAUGGGAGGUCUUGGGGCGGAGGCAGCUCGGCUGCAGCAGCUGAAGGGGGAGCUGAGGGAACUGGAAGCGAGGCUGCUGGAGAGAGGAACAGGCGGGGUGGGGAUGGUGGGUGCUGCUGCUGCUGCUGCUGCUGCUGCUGCUGCUGGUGCUAGUGGUGCUGGUGCUGGUGCUGGUGCUAGUGGUGCUGGUGCUGGUGCUGGUGCUAGUGGUGCUGCUACUGCUGCGUCACCAGCCUCGCCCGAGCUUGGGCCUCGGACCCCCUCCCCCACGCGCCCUCCCAAGCCAGCUUCCAUCUUCGACCGUCUCUUUGAUACCUCCUCCUGGGCCCUCCCCUCCGCUGCCUCCUCCUCCUCCUCUGCUGCCGCUGCUGCUGCUGCUGAUACAGCCUCUGGGGCUGCUUCUGCUGCUGCUGCUGUUGCUAGUACCGCAGGUGGUGCCUCUGCUGGUGCGGUUGGUGCUGCUGGUGGUGAGGUGUUGAGCGUGGGAGGGGGGAGAGGGCCAGCGGACGGCAGCAGCAGCGGGGGGUUGGAGGAGUGGGAGGGGAGCGAUGUGACGAGCCGUGCAGGCGAGGGGGAGAGGCAAGAGAAGAGUGGGAUCGAGCAAUCGCUGGAGCACAUCCGCGAAGGGGGCGCGGACGCGUGGCGGGGCACGCAGCUACUCAGCACGGACGUGGCAACGGCUAUGAAGAUGCUGCAGCGGGCAGCGCUCGGGCAGCCGCUGACUGACCGGGAGGCGAAAGUUUUGAAGCGGACGCUGACUGAUGUGGCGUCUGUGAUUCCCAUUGGCAUCCUCAUGCUCAUCCCGAUGACGCCUGUGGGACAUGCAGCAGUUUUGGCAGCUAUCCAGAGAUACGCCCCCCACCUCUUCCCCAGCUCCUACAAUGAGGAUCGACUCGAUGCCGCCCGCCGCCUGGAGCAGGUGCGCUCCUUUGCUACGCUUCGCAACGCAGCAGCAGCCGCAGCAGCCACUGCCACCGCCUCCUCCUCUCCAUCCCCACUCAGUGCAGCGACACCUGGCAGCACCGGAUUGGCUGGGAUGAUAUCUGCUGCUGUUGCUGCUGGCACCGGUGUAGCUGGCACUGCGAGUAGGCCGUCGCACACCUUUCCUCCACUUUCUUCUGCCGCUGCUGCUGCAAUUUUGGCCCGAGCAGCGCAGAACGAAACUAUAGUUCGAGUGCCGAAACAACCUAAGGAAGUGGAGUCACCACCCAGCACACCAGCCAACGAGGAAGAGCUCAAUGAAGGGGAAGAGGGACAAGCUAUGAAGGUGAUGAAAAAGAACAUUGACACAGAGGCACAAGGUUAUAAUCAACAGCCCAAUUGAGUGAUUCCGGUUUUCAUUUUGUAGAAGCAGUUCAUUGACCAAAUUGGGAAGGCUCAUUUGGUGGCAAUGCAUCUGAACUUUAUAAGCUCAACCAUUUUGAGUGCUUGUGCUAUAAUCCUAUGCGU